AUUUCUUUCGAGAACCACACCAAAGUUUCAUUUUCGAUUUCCCCAGAAAGCUGGGAGGAUGGACCCAGACGGGUGCUUGUUUCCGGGGUAGAAACAGAUGGUGUCUGCAGAUCCCAGAAGCCAUUCUGUUCCUGUGGACUCCGCCUCAGGCCUGGCCACAGUGUAGGAACCUGGCACCCCCAGCCUCAAAGGUGCCCUGAGGUGGCUGUGAGCAUGGCGGAAGCUGCUGCUGACCUGAGCACAGGAGAAAAUCUAGAGCAAAAGAUCCUUCAGGUGCUGAGUGAAGCCGGGAGCCCUGUGAAGAUUGCCCAGCUGGUAAAGAAGUGCCACGUGCCCAAGAAAACACUCAACAAAGUCCUUUACCACCUGAAGGAGGAGGGCAAAGUAUCCUUAGAAGCCCCUGCAACAUGGUGCUUGGGCGGGGAUGCUCCUGGAGAUGAGGUUUCUGCAGUCCCCAAGGACCUCACUGCCCAUCCUAGUCUCGAUGAAAGAGUCUUCAGAUUCCUCGAGGACAAUGGGCCUCAAAAGGCCUUGCAUAUCGCCAAGGCUCUGGGAAUGAAGACGGCCAAAGAAGUGAACCCACACCUGUACAAGAUGAGAGAUAGACACCUUCUGAGCUAUGACGGGCAGACAUGGAUGAUUUAUGGCCCAAGUCAGAAAAGUCAAGAACUAGCUCAUUCUGGAGUGAGACAAGAGUCCACUGCGAUUAUUUACCAGCAGAAUCCAAUCAACAUGAUCUGCCAACAGGGAACCAACAACCACAUCUCCAUCGCCAAUUCAGAAGCCAUCCAGAUCGGGCAUGGGAAUGCCAUGCUAAGACAGAUAGACUGUGAUCAAAGGGGUCCCAGGCCCCACCAUCCUCUCCCACUACCUGUAUCAGAGGACCCCUCUUCUCAGGACCCCCGACCUGGUGCCUGGGGAGAUCAGCACAUCCACAUGGAGAAGUCCAUGCUCCGACGUGUGCAGCUGGGCCACGGCAACGAAAUGAGCGUCCCGAGGGAGCCAGUGGAACACUCUGCUUAUAGCUUUACUGGCAGCCCCCCAGUCUCAGCCACCACUGCUGACCAAGGAACUUCAUUCACCAUGCAAACACCUGAGCCAGGCGCUGACCCUGAGGGGAACACAGCCCAGAGAGUCCACAUCAAAUCCUGCCUGCUGGAGGACGCCACCAUCGGCAACAGCAACAAGAUGACCAUCCACACUAUGUCAGAGGGUGGAGUCACAGAGUCUGGAGACAGCAAGGAGCCGAAGGAAGACACAGACUCAAGUUCCAAAGCCGUGCCGCGUGGAAACUGCUCCCAUACCAGCAACUCCACGCUGCUCACCUCUGAGCUGGGAACGAUGACUCUGGGAGACAGCGGCCCCCAGACCACAGGAACUGUGCUUAGGGCAGACGGGAUCUCCGACACAGGGAGCUGCCAGACUCAGGAGUGAGUGCUCUACCCACGAAGCCACAGCCACAGCCUGGGCCAUGCCCCUUCCUGUCUCUCUAUCCAUCUCUUCUUCCUGCCUGCCCUGAGGUAAGCGCCCCUCCUCUGCCUUGCCACAGACCAGAAAGCAAUGGAGCCAUGGGACCAUGGGCUGACACCAUUGCCACCAUGAACCAAACCAACCUUUCCUGCCUCAAGAUCGAUCGAUCGAUCAAUCAAUCAAUCAAUCAUGUGAGCCAGCUCUACCACUUCUGGGUGUUCACCACAAGGGACAAGUCAACACAGCACACAGAUAUCUGCACAUCCCUGUUGACUGUGCUCUGUUCACAGCAGUUGAGAAAUGAAACCAACCUUGCUGUCCGUCAAUAGGGGAUGGGUAGAAGGAAUUCGGAGUAAAAAAUGAGAAUGUGUCAUGUACUGGAAAGUGGGUGUAACCAGAGACCACCAUGCUAAGUGAAUGAAGCCAUCCCAGGAAAAAAAAAAAAUCAUGUUUUCUCUCA